ACCCCACCCACACUGCCGCAGGGUUGCCGGAUCAGCGAUAAAUCACACACCAGUCGUUUAACCCAGAAACUGUGAUUUUCUUCUCAAGACCAUUUGGUGAAAUUAAUAAGGAAUCUUUUAAAUUCCGCAGCCUUUUUCACCUGUCGAAGAUGGGGACGUCUGGCAACCCUACGUCGCUCUGCGAGUGUGUUUGCGUGUGCAUAUCCAUGUGCGCUAGUGUUUGUGUGUGUUUGCGCUCUUAUUCAAAUAGAAAUUGAAUGUUUUGCACUCGGAUUCGAGACAAUUACGGCUCCCCUGUUCGUUGUUGUUGUUUAUCCAGUCCAAAUGUCAGCUGUUUCACGCAACAUGUACCAUAAAAGCGGGACAGCGAAACGCAGAAAAAGAGCAAAUCGAUCAAGCCCAGGACAAGAACAGCAAAAGCAAGAGAAUCAGCAGAAGCAACAACAAGCAGAUGAAGAGAGCUGCUAACAACGUAAACAAAAACUAAACACACACAUACACACAAAGGGAGAUAGCAACAACAAAAAGACAGCAAGAAGAAAGAGAGCGAGGGAAAGAGAAGGAGAAAGCGCAACCGAGCUCAGUGAAAAGAGAACAAGAGAAAAAAGGAAGAUCAACGAUAACCGAUCAAGGAUAACAGAGCAAUACCCGGUUCGGGAAAGGAGGUCAACAUAACGCAGGACCAAUCACCGCCAUGACAAUCAUACUCUUCCUGGUGGACACCUCGUCGUCCAUGUGCCAGAAGGCGUAUGUGAAUGGGGUGCAAAAGACGUAUCUGGACAUUGCCAAGGGCGCCGUGGAGACAUUCUUGAAGUAUCGCCAGCGGACGCAGGAUUGCCUGGGUGAUCGCUACAUGCUGCUUACGUUCGAGGAGCCACCGGCGAAUGUGAAGGCUGGGUGGAAGGAGAACCAUGCCACCUUCAUGAACGAACUGAAGAACCUCCAGAGCCACGGCCUCACCUCGAUGGGUGAAUCGCUGCGCAACGCCUUCGAUCUGCUGAAUCUGAAUCGGAUGCAGUCGGGCAUCGAUACGUAUGGUCAGGGCAGGUGUCCCUUUUACCUGGAACCAUCGGUCAUCAUUGUGAUUACGGACGGCGGACGGUAUUCGUACCGGAACGGUGUCCACCAGGAGAUCAUACUGCCGCUUAGCAACCAAAUACCGGGCACAAAGUUCACUAAGGAGCCCUUUCGAUGGGAUCAGCGAUUGUUUUCGCUGGUCCUCCGAAUGCCGGGCAACAAGAUCGACGAGCGAGUGGAUGGCAAGGUGCCGCAUGAUGAUUCCCCCAUCGAACGGAUGUGCGAGGUGACGGGUGGUCGCUCAUAUCGAGUCCGAAGCCAUUACGUCCUCAACCAGUGCAUCGAAAGUCUUGUCCAAAAGGUCCAGCCGGGUGUGGUGCUGCAGUUUGAGCCACUGCUUCCGAAGGAGGCGGGUGCCAGUGCUGCUUCUGGUGGAUCGGUGGGUACGGGCUCGAUUUCGAUCACCGGCUCCGGUAUAUCCUUAACGUCCGGAGCGGAUCCACCACCCGACAUUGUCUUCCAACCGGUGAAGAAGAUGAUCUACGUGCAGAAGCACAUCACGCAGAAGACCUUCCCCAUCGGCUAUUGGCCACUGCCGGAGCCCUAUUGGCCGGACUCCAAGGCGAUCACAUUGCCCCCUCGCGACGCACAUCCCAAGCUGAAGAUCCUGACGCCGGCAGUGGAUGAGCCGCAGUUGGUGCGCAGCUUCCCCGUGGACAAGUAUGAGAUAGAAGGCUGUCCGUUGACGCUGCAGAUUCUUAAUAAGCGGGAGAUGAACAAGUGCUGGCAGGUUAUUGUUACCAACGGGAUGCAUGGAUUCGAGCUGCCCUUUGGUUACCUCAAAGCGGCGCCGAACUUCUCGCAGGUUCACCUCUACGUAUUGGCCUACAAUUAUCCAGCGUUGCUGCCCAUCCUGCACGACCUCAUCCACAAGUACAAUAUGAGUCCGCCAAACGAUCUGAUGUACAAAUUCAACGCCUAUGUGCGCUCGAUACCGCCGUAUUACUGCCCGUUUUUGCGCAAGGCGCUGGUCAACAUCAAUGUGCCGUAUCAGCUGUUGCAGUUCCUGCUGCCGGAGAAUGUGGACAACUACUUGUCGCCGACGAUCGCCAAUCAGCUGAAGCACAUCAAGAACACGGCCAAGCAGGAUCAGGAGAAUCUCUGCCUGAAGGUCUAUAAGCAAUUGAAACAGCCGAAGCCACCGUAUCGCCAAGUGGAGACGGCCAAACUUUGCUCGGGAGCUGCGUUGCGGAGGGAUUUGGUGCGACAUCCAUUGCUGCGGGACACAUUCGCCAAGUUGCAUGCGGAAAUUGAGCCGUUGGAGAACUAUACGAUUGUGGUGCCGCAGCUGACGCAUCAGUCGUCCGCCAAGACGUAUCGCAAUCCAUUCGAUAUACCAAGGCGGGAUUUGGUGGAGGAAAUAGCCAGGAUGCGGGAGACAUUCCUGCGACCCGCCUCGCUGGUGGCCAAGGAUUCGGGCCACUGCCUGCCUAUUGCCGAGAUGGGCAACUACCAGGAGUACCUCAAGAACAAGGACAAUCCUCUGCGUGAGAUCGAGCCGACGAAUGUGCGGCAGCACAUGUUUGGCAAUCCGUACAAGAAGGACAAGCACAUGGUGAUGGUGGACGAGGCGGAUCUGAGCGAUGUGGCGCCCAUGAAGUCGCCAAAUGGCAAUGGACCAGGUGGUGCACCACCCGGUUCUCCUUCCGGAUCUGGCUCGCCCACUGGAGGAGGACCCUCUUCCCCGGGUUCUUCGCCUGGCGGUGGUUCGGGUCCUGGGAUGCCCGGAAUGGGCGGCGGAAUGUCCGGACUCAUGCUUGGAGCCAGUGGCAGUGGUGGUUCAUCCAAGAAACUCGAUGGUACUUCGAGGGGGCGAAAAAGGAAAGCCGGUCCGCUGCCACGUGCCUUUGAAUUUCGUCGAAUGUCAACGGAUUCGCGAUCUUCCUGCUCCAGCUCCGUCUCCUCAACAACGGGCAGUGCGCCGGGAUCACCAAUACCAGGAGCCACAUCAUCCAUAGCCGGCUGCGAUUCCUCCGGUGGAGCCGAUGGUAGUCCCAGUGCCAGUUGUUUCGACGAGGACAGCAAUAGCAACAGUAGCUUUGUGAGCUCCACAUCGGAGGCAUCAUCAAGUGAUUCCGGGAUGUCCAUGUCGCAUACGGAUCGCUUGGGCAUUGGUUUCGAUUUCAACGAGGAGGAGACCAGCGACCAGGACACACCGCUCAAUGGCUAUGUGCACAACUUUAUAAAUGGCAUCAGCGAUGAUGCGACAACGGCGGAAACGGAACCGGUAAUAGGCGGUGCUUCCCUGCCGGGGGCUUCUCCAGCUAACGAACCGACAGCUGGAACAUUACCAGCUGUGACAGCAGCAACACCAGCCGCAUCUGUGAUCCAGGCCAGCAAUGGCAGCGAAGUUUGCCCCGUAACCGCAGCCGGGAGCAGUAGUUCCACCAUUUCCAGCUCCAGUUCCAGCGCCAGUUCCUCGGGAGUUCUCUAUGUGCCCCUCAACGGGCUGACCACCCAUGCGGCCUACAGCAGCAAUCUGGGUGGCCUGAGCUCGCCGCUGGACAACCUGAGUUCCCUGGGUGGAGCGGUGACUGGUGCAGGAGCAGGGUUACUGAGUAUCAACAAGCCGGGAUCGCUGCCGUUAGCCAAUGGCUAUGGACAUGCGCACAGUUCAGCCAUUUCUCCACCAUCGCCAUUGUCUUUGGUGCCACCAACGCCUCUGGCAACAAGUGGUGUAGUCGCUUCCAGCUCAUCAGGAUUAUUAUCGAGCUCCAGCUCUAGUUCCACCUACUUCAGCCACAAUGACAUCAACGAUGCCUCGGAGAUCUCGCGGAUACUUCAGACCUGCCACAACGGAACCAGCAGUGGCUCCUCGGGAGGAGCGGGAGUCAUUAAUAGCAAUUUAAAUGGCAAUGGGAGUACGGAAAGUGGAGGAGCCUCACCGGAGGAUCAUGCCUCGCUGGGUGGCAACAGUUUUGAUGCCCUUAAACGAACUGCGGGACUCGUGGGCGGCACUGGAGCGGGGAAUCCCCACUAUUACUGGGCCAGCGGUCUCAAUCAUCACAAUAAUAACAACAAUAACAGUGCCGGUGGAACAGCAGGCACUUCUGUGAUAAGCAACAAUCAUAACCACCGGGGCCACAAUAAUAGCAGUCCCUGCAAACUGGAGGUCAAGAGCAACUCCAGCUGCGGUUCAUCGCCGACGCACAACAACGGGGGGAUGAAUUCGCCGGGACAAUCACUGCCCCUCACUCUCAGCGAGGAGCAACGCGAAUCGGCCCGGGUGCACAACAUUGAACUGCGCCUCCAGAUUUUCCGGGACAUUCGGCGACCCGGACGUGAUUAUAGCCAGCUCCUGGAGCACAUGAACCUGGUGAAGGGCGAUCAAGAGAUGCAGUCGGAUUUCGUGGAGAUGUGUAUCGGGGAAUCGUUGCGCUUCCGCCGACAUCGUAUGGCGUCCAGCAUCCAAGAGUGGUGGGAUCGAAAGCAGCAGUUAACUGCUGGAUUAGCGAGUGGAAUUACUGGACCAGCGGCCAACGCGGAGCAGGCCGUCGCCAAGAGUUAACGAUGGCUCAUGUGGCACCACUGAGCCUGCGGGGUCAUCCAAUCCAUCUGUCUGUGAUGUCAACGAAAUCGAAAUCGGAGAGCAGCCGCGGCAGCCAAAAAUUCUCGUCAAUUUCCAUGUACUGUAAAUAGAUGGCAUUACAGCCAGUCCACAGGAUCUGGAUCGCGAUCGGGAUCAACGCCGGGGAUAUAGCCACUAUAUCGCAUACCAAACAACCAACAACAACAUAAGCAACAACAAAAUCAACAAGCAGCAACAAUUCUAAAGCAGAGAAAACACCACAUUUUUGAGGGUGAUUUCUUAGUAUUUAAUGAGUUUAGGAAUUUUGUAGGGCGUGCGGAUUAAAAUCCACUCGCCGAGCAGGCAAGAUACAUGUAAUUAUAAUAUAUAUAAAAACCUAAGCUAGCCGUUAGUUAACGAUAAAACUUAAAAGAAAAAGAAAAAACGAAAUGAUUUUUGUAGCAGCCGAUUAAGUUGUAUUUUUUUUUUUACUUAGUAAUACUUAUACAAUUAUUUUUCUCUUGUACGUCUAAGGACUUAGGAAUUAUUUUAAUUAGACUUUUAUCAAAUUAAUUGUAUAUUGUAUGUGUAUAAAAAAAGGGAAAGUCUAGGAAAAGCUUGAGCUUAUUGAGCCUCAUACGUUUUAGCCAAUUUUUGUUGGACAUGUUUCAAGAACAAUUCGCUUUGAUUUUAGCCAAUCGAAUAGAGAACGUAAAAAGAAAAGCACUUUACACACAUAUGUAUACAUAUAUAUAUUUAUUGCCUAAAUCGGGUCAGCGUUUCAUUAUCUAAAAUAAUUGUAUUAUUAUGUAUUUUUGGUUUCUUCGAACCCUCCCUUUCUUUUUGCUCUUAUGUAAUUGUAUACUUUAUUAAAUAUUUAUGCAAAUUGCAAUGUGAGCAUUGCCUAUAAGAACCCGCAAUAAUUAUUUGAAAGGCAGAUAAAACGAUAAGCAAAAGAAAAACGUACCGUUUGUUAUAUAUAUAUAUAAAAACAAGAAAAAGUAAUACAUUUUUGCACUAUUUUUUUACGUGUAUGUUUGUAUGCAUGACCUGUGAGUAAUUGAGUAAUAACAACAAAAAGAGGAAACGUUUACUAGUAGUUAGGCGGAGGGCAGUGAUUUUAGUACUGCUUCAGGAUUAAAUAAUUAUGUACAACUUAGACAUUGCGUAUCUAACAAAUUUCAUAAGACAUCAACAACAGAACAGCAGUAAAACAAACCGAAAACAAUACGAAAUCAAACGAAAAUAAAAAGAGGAGCAUUGCAUUCAA